GAAAUCAGUAUUUAGAUAACGUUCAACUACUGCAGAAGACGAUUGCUAGUUCGUCAACUAACUUUUAACGUUGCAUUCAGUUGUGAAUGAGAUUUUUUUUUAACUAAUAGUAAUAUUAUUUAAAUUAUUUUUUUGUAAACAAUAAUAAAAAAUAUUUUACACUGAUCAAAUAAAUAGAUAGAUAUAUUACGAAGAAUUUACAUGAAAUAAAAUAUUGCAAAUUAUUAUAAUCACAUGAUUUAAAAAAUAUUCUGUGAUAAUUGCAUAAGUGACAGGAUGUCUGACGGCAAAAUUGAAGUUGAUCCCUUCAGUGAAACAACACUGGAAUUCCAAAGUUGUGAAGGAGUUAUAGAAACAAUCAUACAAUCAAAUACAAAGGAAGAAUCACAGAAUAUAACAAAUGAAUUAACAUAUGCAGAACCUUUAACAGCAGAACAAAUACGAUGGUUUUAUAGAGAUGGUGUAGAUAAGAGAUGGGUAGAAUUCUGUGGAUAUGAUAGCUUAAGAAUUGAAAAUGCUUGGCAAAGUUAUCAACAUUUGUUUAAUAAAGAUAGUGAUGUAACUAAUAAUGCACUUCCUAUUGAAAAAAUUGUAGUUAGAGGAGGAAUGUAUGAUGUGGAACUAGAUAAGAUGAAAUGUGUUUCUAUAUAUUGUCCAGGUGAAGAAUGGGAAAUUAUGAGAGGAACUUGGUAUUAUGAUGGUAGUUGGCUUCCUUUAGAAACAGAACAAUCUAAAAUUAUAGAAGAAGUUCAUCUUAAUCUUUUUCAAAAACAACUUUCUGAUCAAGCUACUUCAACAUAUGAUACACCUCACUCUUAUAAAAUAUUACAUACUGAAAAUUUUCCUGAAUUUCAUGUUGAUUGGCAUAGUAUAAAUGAUGUGGUAUUAUAUAGUGAAUAUAGACAUAGUAAAUUAAUGCGUAGUGUAACAUCAAAACUGGGUUUUGCAAAAACAACAGGAUAUCAAUUAAAAAGAGGAUAUAAAAUUCUUGCUGUAAAGGAAGAUAAACCUCAUGACAUUGAUCAUAUAAUAUUUGUAGUUCAUGGAAUUGGUCAAAAAAGAGAUACUGGAAAAAUCAUUCGUAAUACAACAUUAUUUAGAGAUUGUGUAGAUUGGUUGAAACAAAAAUAUUUUCCCAAUUCAAAUUAUAGAGUAGAAUUUUUUCCUGUUGAAUGGCGAUCUUCAUUAAAACUUGAUGGUGGUAUAGUAGAAGCUAUCACACCUUUUAGUGUAGUAAGCAUACGACAUUUAUUAAAUACAUCAGCAAUGGAUAUUCUUUAUUAUACAAGUCCUCUUUAUGGAGGGGAAGUAAGAGCUGGAUUACAAAAAGAAUUAAAUAGAUUAUAUUUAAUGUUUGCUAGUCGCCAUCCAGGUUGGAAAGGAAAAGUUUCAAUUCUAGCACAUUCAUUAGGAUGUGUAAUUGUUUAUGAUAUUGUCACAGGCUGGAUGGGUCCAGAUACAAGACCUCCAUCUCCAGAAACACAAGAAGUUUUAAAACAACGAUUACAAUUUCCAAUAGAAAAUUUAUUUUGUUUGGGUUCUCCAUUAUCAGUAUUUCUUGCAUUACGUACACCUUCUCUAUCCAACAAAACUGAUGUAAUGCCUCAAGAUUUAUGCAAAAGAUUUUAUAAUAUAUUUCACUGGUCUGAUCCUGUAGCUUAUAGAAUGGAACCACUUCUCGAAAGAGAAUACAGCAAAAUUGAACCUGUUCUUAUUCCUUCAUAUGGAGGAGUUGAUGGUCAACAAACAGAACAGUCACCUCCAACAAUAAAUAAUGCUGAUCAAAAUUUUUCUCCUACAGAUAAUGAUGAAAGAGAAGAUAAUUCAGUAGAUAUAUCUAAUCGCACACCAGAUAAAGGUUGGAGUCUCUGGGGCUUAGUUCGAGCAGGCUGGAAUGUUAAAGAAGGUGUUUCUACACCUAUUCAACCAGGACAAGAAUUAACACAACGAUUGGAUUAUGUACUUCGAGCAAGUUUAGGAAGAAAUUAUUUUUACACAUUAGCAGCACAUACAACAUAUUGGAGCAAUUAUGAUGUAGCUUAUUUUGUGUUAACAAGACUUUUUCCAGCACUAGAAACAUGAUGUUGGUUAGUACAUUUAGAAUCAAAUCAAUUAGAUACUACUAAAAUUUACUAGUCCAUAGUAGGCCGAUAACUUAACUUAAUAUUGGAAGUAGGCCUACCACGAAAACAAUCUGUGAUAAUAAGAAAAACGAUACAAUAAUGUUAUAGAUUCUACAUAAUCAUUUUAUACCGCUCGUAUAAUUUAAGAUUAAUAUAGUCGAGUUUCACAAAAACUCAAAUGUAAUUUUACAUAUUUUAUAAGAUAACUCAUUUAUAUACAGUAUAAUAUAAUUAAUUAAAUUAUUAAAUAAAAAAUUUUAUCUUAUUUCUUUUUAAAUUUAUCAAAUUUUCUGUGUAUUUUUUUUAUUAAAAAAAUAAAUUGAAUUAAAUUAAAAAGAUAAAUAAUGUAUAUUAGAUACAUUGUAAAUAUUAUAAUUAAUUAUAAUUAAUGUGACAUAUUUAUUGAAAUUAUUAUAAAUAUUGAACAUUAUAUUAUUAAAAAUCUGUAUUAUAUGAGAUAUCUUAUAUUAUUGAAAAAUUAUUAUUUUUAUUUAUUUUCCAAUAAAAAAGAAAGAAAAUAAUAUUAUAACAUAAAAUUACAUUAACUUAAAAAAAUUCAUUAUUAUUAAAAUAGCUUAAAAUAAUAAUUUAUAAUGUAAAGUUUAUAAAUUCAUUAUAUUAUACAUUAAUAUAAUUUUCUUUUCUUGUUUUUAAAAAUUAAUAUUAAUACCAAAUUAUAGUUUUAUGUUAUAUUUUGUACAUUUUAUAAUAUAUAUAUUUUUUUGUUAAUAGUGAAUUAUUUUUCAAAUAUUUUGUAACAUAUUCAAAUAACUACUGAGUUAUGGUAAUAUGAUUUAUCUACAUUGAACAAUGUUGAACGUUUGUUAUGUAUAUAUUACAUAUAAAUACAAUAUGCUUUUUUUAAUUGGAAAUGUUUGAAACUAUGAAAAAAUACAAAAAAUAUGAAAAAAAUGUUUCUGAUAAAAGUUGUUGGUAAGAAAAUAUAUUCUAUUUUCUUACAUGUAUUUAUAUUAUAUAGUAUAAAUAAUUUAAAUGUGUAAAAAUUGUAUAAAAAUUAAUUUUAAUUUUUUAAAUAAAACUAUAUAAUUUGGAUUAUAUCAAUUGAUAUAUCUUAUUAUUUUCAAUAAAAAAAUAUUAAAUUAAAAAAUCAAAAAAUCUUAAUUUAAGAGAUAUUUUGAUUUGAAAUUUGUAAAAAAAUCAUAAAUAAUAAAGUAUCCUUAUAUUUCACAUGAUAAAAUUUAUGAACUUCAAGUUCAAUAUCUUUUAAAUUAGUAAUUUUUCAAUAAAUGAAUUAAUAUUUUUUCAUAGAAAAAUAAUCGAUUGGUAUAUUAAAAAAUAUAUAAUUUUUAUAUAUAUAAUAUUAAAAAAUAUAUAAUUUAAAAAAUUAAGUUUGUAAUUUUUACAUCAAUAUAGAAAAAUUAAUAUUGCAUAAUUAUAAUGCAUUUUUUUAUACAAUUUUUAUCUGAAAUAUUUUUCAUAUUAUUCGUAUUUUGCUAGAUAUUUGAGCAUUUCUGGUUAAACAGAACAUAUAUUGAAAUAAUGUGAAAUAAUAUCAUAUUUAAUAUAAAUGUAUUAAAUGUUUCUUUUUUCUUCAAUAUUAAUUUUUUAUUUUAUUAUAAAAAGUGAAACUCGUCAUAUAUGCUGAAAGUUUAUUUUAAAUAAAAUAAAAAAUUAAUAAUUAAAAUAUUAAUUGUAUCAACUAAAAUCAUUAUGUAAAACAAACAAAAUGGUAUUAAUUGUAUCUUUGUUAUUUUAUUAAUAGAAACAAAUAAUAAUUAUCUUUUCAUAUUAUAUAAUCAAAUUUAUCAUUAAAAUAAAGAAAAUAUUUUUUCAUCAAUAUUUAAUAUAUUAUAAAUACUAUUUUAAUGAUAAUUAUGUUGUGCUUUUUUUUUCUUUAAUUUUAUUGAAUAUACAUUUAUAUUAUACAUUUAUAUUUUUCUAAUAUUUUAAUUGUCAUUUUACAUUUUAUUUUAUAUCAUUUUGUUUGUUUCAUAAAUAAAAAAAACAUAUAUUUUAUAUAUUAUAUAUAAUCUUAUGUAUAAUCUUCAUAUAUAAAAUUACAUUUGAAAUGUAAUAUAUUAUUAUACUUUUUUUUUUAUUAAUGUUAAAAACUUGAAGUAUAUAUCUAUUAUAGUUAAGUUUUAAAAUUUAUUUUAUCAAUGUAUUUAAAUUUUGUUAGUAUAUUUUAUUCAUAUUAUAUAUAAAAAAUAUUUACAUAUAUUAUUAUAUAUGUAAAUGUGUUCACUCUAUAAUAUUAUAAAUUUAUCAGUUUUUAGAAAUUUUAAUAAUGGUGCACUUUUGAAUGUUAUGUAAUGAUAAAUUUUUAAGAAGCUUUAUCUACAACACAUAAUUUGGUAGUAUGACAAUAAUAUUCACUAAUUCAGAGAUAAAUAUCAUAACAAGUUUUAAGAAAUGAAGCACAUAAUAGAUACAUAGAAAAAGAUCUCUGAAUUAAUAGUGCAAUUAUUAAAUGCGAUAUCUAAAUUAAAACUAAAAUAUCAAUAAUAAAGCAUGUACAUUCUUUUAGUAAAAUAUCUUUUAGUAAAAAAUCUUAAAUUUAAUAUUUCAAUACAAUAUUUAAUAUCAAACACACACGUACACACAUAAUGCCAAAGUUAUUAGAAUAUGUAAUUAAGAUUUAUUCAAUUUUAGAUAUUUAUCCAUUAAAUAUAUAUAUAAAUAUAUAAUGAUACAUUUAUAUAUUAAAUUUUUUUUUUAGAAUAAAAAAGAUACUUUAUUUAUUCUUUUAAUUUAAAAUCUAAUCACAUAUGUAAUCAUUUUAUUAGUUAUAACAAUAUAUAUUAUUUUAACUAU